AUGGCCACAGAGGCUUCGCCAACCCCGGCUUCAGCCGCAUACAGAACAGGCGGUGUACAACGACCCAUGUCGCGACAACUUUCUCGAUCGUCGCUUUUACGAACUAAUUCUGGCCGCGCAUCGCCUGAUAUUCGAAAUGGAUCCUCGCACAGUGGACGGAGUACCGGGUCCAAACAGUAUGAGGGGGACAGUUCCGAUGACGAGGUGGUGCCAGAGCCCAAGUUCAGCGCUUCCGUGAAGGCGCUGUUGGAGGGAGACGCAAUGCAUGUCGACUCUUCUCCCCGAUAUGAUACAAACAUGAAGCGGUCUAGUGUUGCUAGCCGCGACUUUGGCCUUGCUCCAGCGACCUCGGCGCGACCAGAAAGACACGUUCGGGUGGCAUCACCGCAUGACUCGUCCGGUGGGAGCCCUGCUCCUCGAGUGGUUCGCGUUGGCUCUGUGAGAAUACAAUCAAGACCCGAAAGCGUAUAUUCAGAAGGCCAGAGCUAUUCAAAAGAUUUUAUAACACCGGCGCCACGAACGCGUAGUGUUCGUAUUACUGGCUCGAGAAGCACCACCCGCUCACCACUUUCCAAUUCGCCAAUUCAUAAAGCAACAGAAAAGGAAUUAUCUGGCGACCACAAGGAAUUCGACCUCUCAGGAGAUGAGAAACCACCUCGCAUGGAAGAUGAGUUUGCGCCGCGUCUUGGACCUUCUUCGGUAUUGAGGUCUCGCCAUGGAGAUGAACCUGGCAUGCAUAGCUCGCUUCGUGUUAAACGAGUGGGUAGAUUGACCGGUUCUUUCCUAAAUGGUCCUGCUAGGAGAGGAGUACUGCGCCGACAGAGCGAAGAAAUCAGCGAACAUCCUGAGGCUGACAGCCAAAGUCCUGAAAGACCCGAAAGAAACCCAUCACAUAAUCCAAGAGAAGAAAACGGAUCUGCCAGCCGUCUUUCUAGGGUGGCUUCAUCGUCCAAGUUAUCUUGGAUCGACUCGGAUCCACGAAUUCUGGAGAAGCCAGCACCAGCUUCGGCAAAGCCUAAUAUUGACGCUCCAUUUUCCGGGCCACCGUCGCCGAGGUCAUACAGGACCAAAUCCACACCCGGUACAUCGUCAGAAGGGUCUUUAAAAUCAGAAAGCGCCAAAGAACAGCCCCAGUAUAGAGUGCCACCUCCAGUGCUGCCAUCCGCGCAAGAUCAAGAAAAUGACCCCCCGCCUACGUUCAAAAGAGUCAAAUCCUCUGGGCUGAGUCUGUUAGACAAGCCGGAGAAGUACGCAGUUAUCUAUGACGACGAUAAAAAAGAACAAGAGCAAGAACCACCAGCCACAAAUUCCCCUCGAAAACCAUUGACUUCGCGAAGCAACAAUACGCCACGUCGGCCUGCUCCACCCCCGCCUAAAAUGUCUGUCCUGGAGACAGCUACAGGAACAGGAGGUGCGGCUACAACGGCAUCACAAUCGCGAAAGAAGAGAAGCCAAGUUGUAAUCAACCACAAAGCUUUCACUCGUAUGGACUGCGUUGGGCGAGGAGGCACCUCUCGUGUAUACAGGGUUAUGGCUGAGAAUUAUAAGAUUUUUGCCCUCAAGCGUGUCAACUUGGAAGAUGUGGAUCGUGUCACGUUGGCAGGCUACAAGGGAGAAAUUGAUUUGCUCAAGAAGCUUGAGAAUGUGGAACGAGUCGUACGGCUCUUUGAUUGGGAGAUCAAUAGCGACAAGCAUACGCUUAGUAUUCUCAUGGAGAUUGGAGAAUCGGAUUUGGACCGAAUCUUGACUUAUCGUCUCAAUGCCGAGGAUGCCGUUUUUGAUCCCAGUUUUACCCGUUAUUACUGGAAAGAAAUGCUCGAAUGCGUUCAAGCGGUCCACAAUUUCAACAUUGUCCACUCAGAUUUGAAGCCGGCGAACUUUCUUCUUGUUCAAGGGCGAUUGAAACUCAUCGACUUUGGUAUUGCCAAUGCCAUCCAGGACGACACUGUUAACGUGCAUCGUGAGCAACAAGUCGGAACGCCCAACUACAUGUCGCCCGAAGCCCUGAUUGACUCCAAUGCUGCAUUGGGUCUUCCGGCAAGUGUUGGAAAGAUGAUGAAGCUUGGAAAACCCAGUGAUGUAUGGAGUCUUGGGUGUAUUUUGUACAAAAUGGUUUAUGGGCAGCCGCCAUUUGCCCGCAUUGCAAAAUAUUACGAAAGAAUAAUGUCUAUCCCAAACCCCAAGGUUGCCAUUGAGUUCCCGCAGUUCGCAAUCGGUGGCGUAACGGUGCCAUUUGGUUUGAUGCGAACCAUGAAGCGGUGUCUGCAGCGAGACCCGAGCCUCCGCCCUACGAUGGAUGAAUUGCUCAGUGAGCGUGAUCCGUUUUUGUACCCAGACUCUCAGCUUGAAGGGACAGUUCCAGUGACACAGGAGAUGAUUUCUCGAAUCCUGACAAACGUGGUUCAUCAUUGCCGGGUUCGUGGGGUGCCGAAAGAUGAAGAAUUGGCAGCAUGGCCUGCUGGGUUUUUUGCCAAGAUCAAAGCUGCUGUUGAUGAAGACCAGAACGACCACAUCACUGAGUUAAACAACACUCGCCCCAAACAACCAUUCUUCUUCCUCAAGCCGUCCUCGUCAAUCCUGCUUCCGGGCCAUGGUCCCGUCCUGCGACCCAAGGGCGUCAAUAUGCAUUAUGAAGUCGAGCUGGGUCUGGUCAUUGGCAAGACUGUGCGCGAUCUCGAUCCGGAGGAUCACAAGACCGCGCUCGAUUCUAUUGCCAACUACGUCCUCGCCAUCGACAUGACCGCGCGCAACGUACAAGACGAAGCUAAGAAAAAGGGCCUCCCCUGGUCCAUCGCCAAGGGCUUCGACACGUUCUGCCCCAUCUCUGAACUGAUCCCCAAAUCCGCGAUUCCGGACCCGCAUAAUGCGUUUUUGCGGCUGAGCGUGGGUGAUGCCGUGCGCCAGGCCGAUUCGACGAAUUUGAUGCUGUACCAGAUCCCUAGACAAUUGGCGGAUAUUUCGCGCGUUAUGACGCUGGAAGCGGGUGAUUUGGUGCUUACCGGCACUCCCAAGGGGGUCGGACAAGUUCAGGCGGGGGAUGUGAUGAGGGCGGAGAUUGAGGUUGAUGGGAAGAAGAUUGAGGGGAUUGAGGUUGAGGUUAAGGAUAGGUUGGAGGGGAGGUAUGAGUUUAAGGAGACUUGA